CCUGGAAAUCCAGGAGCUGUAUUUCGGAACAAAAUGGUGUGUUGUUUCAGUUUGUGUCGGUGAACAGAAUCCUGACGAGGGCCGAUGAGAAUUUUCUGGCAGAUUGCUUCAAGUAUCUUGAUACUUCAAAAUUUGUAUGAUUUAAUUGUCAAAUUCGUGAAAACAGAAUACUCUUGAAGCUUAUAGAACUUAUUACAAGGGAUCAUGAGUGAAUCCGCACAAGGAACAGAAAAGGCCGCAAACAUUUGCUCAUCUCUUUCGUUGAAUUUAUCGCGGGAACUAGCGACACUUUUAUCAAAGACUUGGACUCCAAAUUCAGGGGAGGUCAAACUAGUUUGUACUUGCAAGAGGGGACAGUUUCAGUUCACAAAAGAAGCAACAGGAAGCGUGUCCUUUAAAAUAGCAGGGAACUUCUUCCGAGAGCCCGUUUUGGGUGAUUUUGUUUGUGAUCUAGAAUGCAUGGACGAUUUUGAGUUCGAGUUGGUGUCUGAUGUCGAUAACGCAGGCAAGCCAAAAGAUAUCGAGUGUGAAGAAAACGUAAAACAGACACCUGAGAAUGUCCAAAGCGAAGAACAAGGAAAAUGUUACACUGUUCAAAGUGUAGAGAAUGGUGAAUCCAAAAAUGUAAAGGGAGAGCUUGAAGAAAAACCUAAAAGGGGCCCAGGGCGACCCGCUAAAAAACCAAGGGGGUUUUCUGCCAGGAAAGUGACAAGUCGGGCAGAGUCUGAUCAAACAGCACUCAUUCAACCAAAUUCAACAAUUACAGCAAUUAAUGAUAGUGAGAAAGAGAGACACCUCCAUCAAAAACAAGAAGAAAACCCCUCGGACAAUAUCCUCAAAGGAAGAGGAAACACAAAUUUGAAAAGGAACAGAAGGGUAAUAAAAAUGCCACGAAGAUAUCGCAUCGAGGAGGGCAAAGAUAUUAAAACGACAGCACAUUUGUCCCAUGAAAACCAACCUGAAAGUGAAGUGAACUUGGGGUCAAAAGGUGAUACUGACAAACAUGUUGACAUGCACACAAAUACUGUCACGAAUAAUACAGAGAAUGACAAAACUGGAGAUCCUAAAUCUGAAACAAACUCUACAAGAGAUGCAAAAGAAACUUCACAAACUACAGACAACUCCUCCCAAAGGGAAAAACGAAUCAUGAAAACCAGAAAAAAUGCGACAAAACGGAAUGGUGAUCCCGUGCUGUGUCCCAUAUGUCAGUUUCCAUGCAAGAACGGCAGCGCUGUGUAUGUUCAUCUCAAAGUGAAACAUAGGGGGCACCCUGAGAAAAGGAACUACAUCCAGAUGUUCAGAGGGGCCAUGAGACGUCUUUGCAGUUUGUGUGGGCGCAUGUACCACAGCAGUCAUGGUCUGAAGCACCACCUACAAAGAGUGCACCACUUGGGGGAAGUCACUGGAGAGUUUCCAUGUGAAGACUGUGGGCAGGUUUUCAAGCGUCGUGAUUUAGUAAAGGCGCACAAACAGCGCGAGCAUUCUGGAAGGCCCCUGACAUGUCAUCUGUGUGGGAAAACAUAUAAAACAUAUCUGAAUCUGCAAGAACAUAUCAAAUAUUUUCAUGAGUUGGACUCCAAGCUGGAGUGUCCCCACUGUCACAAGUAUCUUAGUAACAGACAGACACUGCGAAGACACAUACUCAAGUUUCAUGAUGAGAAACAAACAGUGUUCUGCUGCUCAAUAUGUGGCAAGCAGUUCCGCGACAAGACCAGUGUGCAGGUUCACAUGUUACACAAACAUGAAGACGCUGCGCAGCCGGAGUUUCCUUGUACUGAAUGUGGAAAGAAAUUCACCUGGAGAACUGCUCUUCGUAAUCACAUGGAGGGUGUCCAUAAGAUAGUGAAACAGAAGGAGUUUGCAUGCACGGUGUGUGGGAAGACGUUUGUGGCCAAAGUCCGACUUCACAACCACAUGAGACAGAAACAUUCCAACAGCACCGUGCUGAUGGAAGUAGAUGGGGAGGGGAAUCAGAACAGGACUGUAUACAUUGUGACCACAGCAGGUCCUGAGACAAGCGAGGUGGUUCAAGAGGGAACUGUCAACAUGGAGAUAGGGGGCAGCACUGAAGAUCAGCAUAUCGUAGAAGAAACUGUGUAUUACGAGAUGGGGCAAGACAAACAGUUACAGGUCCAAUAUGCCCAACCAGAUGCUCAGAUGAAUCAAUUUGCCUCCACAGCUCCACAAGCACAUGGCGCCACCUAUACAUCUGUCCCCUCAGGUCAGACCAUGACCUCGGAGGUUCAGAGUGCCACGGAAGCCAUAUUGCUUUUGGAGUCCAUGACAGGGGAAAGUUACGGUGGUUACCAACAUCAGCAGCAGACACAAUAUCUGCAACAACAACAGCAACAACAACAACAGGAACAGCUUCUGAAUCAGCAGCAUUUUGAGCAUCAGUACCAUGAGCAUGAUUAUGGUGACAGUAUGACAUUACAACACCAGUAA